GGAGGAGGGAGGAUGAAUAAUCCGGUGGAUGGAGGAGGAGAAGCGGGCCCGGACGGCCUGGCGACGGCAGGCUCGGGCAAAGCAGAGAGCGUUCGAGCAGUUGACGUCUUGACGGUGCUCAGAGAGAAAGUGGCCUUUGUUUCAGGUGGGCGGGACAAACGUGGCGGACCAAUCCUGACCUUCCCUGCCAGGACCAAUCAUGAUCGAAUAAAACAGGAAGACCUCAGCCGGCUGGUCACGUACCUGUCGACCAUACCAAGUGAGGAUGUGCGAGCCCGGGGCUUCACCGUGGUCGUGGACAUGCGGGGCAGUAAGUGGGACAGCGUGAAGCCGGUUCUACGGACGCUGCAGGAGUCAUUCUCCUCAAACAUCCACACUGCGCUGCUCAUUAAACCCGACACCUUCUGGCAGAAACACAAGACCAACCUAGGCAGUGCCAAGCUCAGCUUCGAGACAAGUCUCGUAUCAGUGGAGGGUCUGUCCCGCCUUGUCGACCCCUCCCAGCUGACAUCUGACCUCGGCGGCUCGUUGGAGUACGACCAUGUGGAGUGGACCGAGCUGCGUCUGGGUCUGGAGGAGUUCUCUGGGGCCGCCACGCAGCUGCUGGCCCAGCUGGACCAGCUGGAGGCCGGACUGAACCGCAUACCAGAGCCCCAGGACGUGGAUGAGGCCCGCAAACUCCUGGAGGAACACGGACGCCUCCGGAACACCAUCACCACCGCACCUGUGGACGCCCUGGAAAGAGAGGGGCGGAGCUUGCUCCAGCGAAUGCGCCUAGGUCCCUCUCAUGGUGAUUCUUCAACGGAGGGCGGCGGUGGGGGCGGUAGUCACGGGAGCUGGCUGUCUGGCGGAGCCGACUUCCAGAGCGUGGCUCCAAAGGUCUCGUCCUUGCUGGACCGGAUGCAGGCAGCUCGAACUCACCUGCUGCAGAGCUGGAGUGAUAAGAAGUUACACCUGGACCAGGCACUGCAGCUACACCUGUUUGAGCAGGAUGCCACCAAGAUGUCAGAGUGGAUCGCCCACAGUAAGGAUCUGUUCGUGCAGAGUCUGGCGGAGGUCGGUCAGAACCACCAGCAUGCCCUCGACCUCCAGACGCAACACCAGCACUUCACCGCCAACUGCAUGAAUGGCAGCGUGAAUGUGGACAGCGUAGUUACCGUGGCGGCGAGGCUGGCAGAGGCGGGCCACUACGGGGCGGAGCGUAUUGCCCUGGUGUCGUCACGGUUACAAGAAGACUGGAAGUCCCUGACAACAGCACUAGAGGAACGUAGCAACACACUCGCCAUGGCAACAGGCUUCCAUCAGGGAGCGGAGCAGUUCCUGCUCAAAGUGGAGGGGUGGGUCCAGGCAUGCUCUGAAGGCUCGUUGCCAACGGCAACAGCAGAGCUGGAGGCUGCGACAAAGAAACACCAGGAGCUGAAUGAGGAAAUCUCUGCCAACUACACACAGGUCAGUGAGAGCGGUAAAGCUUUAUUGGACGUCCUCCAGCGCUGCUCACCGUCUGAAUCUGACGACUCCACGACCAAACCAGACUUUACGUCCGCCACACACGGCAUCAUGGGAGUUCUGCACCAGGUCAUGCAGGGUCACCAUGAGGUGGAGGGGGCGUGGCAGCACCGUAAGCUCCGCCUGCACCAGCGUCUGCAGCUGUGCGUGUUCCAGCAGGAUGUGCGACAGGUGUUGGACUGGGUGGAGCAGCACGGCGAAGUUUUCCUGAACAAACACAGCGGCGUAGGGAAGUCUCUGCACCGAGCACGGGCGCUGCAGAAACGCCACGAUGACUUCCAGCAGGUCGCACAGAACACUUACACUAAUGCGGAGAAGCUUCUGGAAGCUGCCGACCAGCUGGCUCAGUCCGGAGAGUGUGAGGAGGAGGAGAUCUACCAGGCGGCCCGAGACCUGGAGCUCCGUAUGCAGGCGUUUAUUCAGAGAGUUGAACAGAGGAAGCUGCUGCUGGAUCUGGCUGUGUCGUUCUACACUCACACCAAGGAGCUCUCGGCAUGGAUGGACGGCGUCCAGAAGCAGCUCUCCUCAGACGUCCCGGUGUGUCCGGACUCCGUCGAAGCGCUGCAGACGUUGAUCUCUCAGCAGCAGACGCAGCAGGUCAACACCCAGGAAGCGGCGAUGAGCGUCAUCCGGGAAGGAGAGGACCUCAUCCUGCAACUCAGGCCCCAGGGCAGCUCGGUGGGCCAUGUGGAGACGGUGCUGCAGCAGCUGGAGGAGUCUCACGUUCAACUGGAGGAACUUUUCCACCAGAGGAAGAUCAGAUUAGAUGUUUACCUUCAGCUCCGCAUCCUGCACCAGUGCACGCUGGAGGUGACCGGGGAAAUGGAUGCCUGGAAGCAGGACCUCCAGAAACAGUCCCAGGACUUCUCUGCAGAGAAACUGGCGACCCCACGACUCGCUGAGACAAACCAGGACAAGCUUGCUCCAGAAAAGCUGGCGCUGGGACAGGCACGGCUAGUGGAGGCUAGCCCUGAGGUGCUAACGCUAGCACAGCAGCGCAUCCACAGGCACAUGGAGCGGAGGCUGGCCAUGAACAACAUGAUCUAUGAGGUCAUCCAACAAGGUCACGACCUUCAGCAGUACAUCACUGAAGUCCAGGCGUCUGGUAUCGAGCUGUCAGAGGCAGAGGGGGGGCUAACCUCACAGGUGGAGGAGCUACAGCGCCUCCUGCAGGACAAACAGAAGGAGCUGCAGCAGAUAGCAGAUCACACACACACUCACCUGGAGCAGAACCUGCAGCUGAGACACCUGCAGAGCCAGGUCAAACAGGUGCUCGGCUGGAUCUCGGAGGGCGAGGUCAUGUUAUCGUCCUGCAUGUUGAACUCCAGCUGUUUAUCUGAAGCUGAGCAGCUGCAAAGGGAGCAUGAGCGCCUCCAGCAGGCCAUAGAGGGUCUGCUGCACGCCGACUCCCUACAGAGGACUCACCAGGUGGCUCUGGCUCUGCAGCAGAGAGCAGAGCUGCUGGUCCGGUCUGGUCACUAUGAUCCAGAUGCAGUGCGGUCCUGUGCCCAGACGGUGGCGCUGCACUGGCAGACUCUGAUGCUGAGGAUAGAGGACAGACUCAAACUGGUGAACGCCUCCGCAGCUUUCUACAGGACGUCCCAGCAGGUGUGCGGCGUCCUGGAGAGUCUGGAGCAGGAGUACCGCAGGGAGGAGGACUGGUGUGGGGGCGGAGACCGGCAGCCGGAGCAACUGCUGCCGCUCAUUAACAAACACAUGGAGCAGAAAGAGGCGUUCCUGAAGGCCUGCACUCUGGCCAGAAGGAACGCCGAGGUUUUCCUCAAGUACAUCCACAGAAACAGUGUCACCAUGGCGAACAUCUCAGGCCACAGCGUCACCGUUUCCGGUGUCAGUGAGGUCACCGGACACUCCAGGGUACCGGAGCAGCAGGUCAAAGGUAUCCUCAGUGAGCUGCUCCAGAGGGAGAACCGAGUCCUUCAUUUCUGGACUUUAAAGAAACGCCGUCUGGAUCAGUGUCAGCAGUACCUCAUGUUCCAGACCCACGCCCAGCAGGCUAUGGAUUGGCUGCAGCAGUCAGGUGACCACUACCUGGCCACGCACACGUCAGCGGGGGCGUCGGUGGCAGAGACCCAGGAGCUCCUGAACCAGCACCGGGAGUUCUGCGUGUCAGCCAAGCACACCCAGGAGAAGGUCCACCUGCUGAUCCAGUUAGCUGAGAGCAUGCUGGCUAAAGGCCACGCCCACCGCACAGAGCUCCGCCGCUGCGUCUCCACCGUGGAUAAGCGUUACCGGGACUUCACCGUCAGGAUGGGACAGUACCGCCACAUACUGGAGACAGCGCUGGGAGGAUGCUCGCAGGACAACAAGGACCUAGAACUGGAGCUGAUCCCAAACAGUCUGUCUGACUCGGACCCUGAGGUGAACCUGUCCGACCCAAGUCAUCAGGUCAGCGACGAGAAGAGACGAUCCGCCCGGAAGAAAGAGUACAUCAUGGCCGAGCUCCUGCAGACAGAGAGAGUCUACGUCAGAGACCUGCAGGAGUGCAUCGAGACAUACCUGUGGGAGAUGACCAGUGGAUCAGAGGACGUCCCGACAGGGCUCAGCAACAAGGACGACAUCGUGUUUGGGAACAUCCAGGACAUCUACGAGUUCCACAACAGUAUUUUCCUGAAAGAGCUGGAAAACUACGAGCAGCUUCCUGAGGACGUGGGCCACUGCUUCGUCACCUGGGCCGAUAAGUUCCACAUGUACGUGACGUACUGCAGGAACAAACCCGACUCCAGUUUACUCAUCCAGCAGCACGGCGUCGGAUUCUUCGAGGAGGUCCAGAGGAGACACGGCCUAGCUAACUCCAUCUCCUCGGCUCUCAUCAAACCGGUGCAGAGGAUCACCAAAUACCAGUUGCUCCUGAAGGAGCUGCUGGCGUGCUGCGAGGAGGGGAAAGGUGAGAUUAAAGAAGGCCUCGACGUCAUGCUGAGCGUCCCAAAGAGAGCUAACGAUGCUAUGCAUGUUAGCAUGCUGGAAGGUCUGGAGGAGGGUCUGGAGGUCCAGGGCGAGCUCCUCCUCCAGGACUCGUUCCUUGUUUGGGAGCCGAAGUCUCUGAUCAGGAAGGGGCGGGACCGACACCUCUUCCUGUUUGAGCUGUCACUCAUCUUCAGCAAAGAAAUCAAAGACUCGUCAGGACGGACCAAAUACCUCUACAAGAGCCGGCUGAGGACCUCUGAGCUCGGCGUGACGGAGCACAUCGAGGGCGAUCCCUGUAAAUUCGCCCUGUGGGUCGGACGGACGCCGACGUCAGACAACAAGACCGUCCUGAAGGCCUCGUCCUUGGAGCUGAAGCAGGAGUGGGUCCGCAGCAUUCGGCAGGUGAUCCAGGAGAGGCGGGGUCACCUGCGGGGGGCUCUGAGGGAGCCCAUCCCCCUCCCAAAGACACCAAACCCCACGCUGGGGCGGCAGCGCAGCAUCAGCCGCAGGGAGACGAGCGAGGAUGCCGACAGUCUGGGUGAUGCCAGCAGUCAGCCCGACACCGUCUCCAUCGCCUCCAGAACGUCACAGAACACGGCUGACAGCGACAAGCUGUCCGGAGGCUGUGAGUUAGUGGUCGUCUUGUUGGAUUUCUCCUCUGGGGGGACCGGAGAGCUCAGCGUUCGCUGUGGUCAGACGGUGGAGCUGGUGGAGCGCUCUGCAGACCGGCCUGGGUGGUGUCUGGUCAGGACAACAGAUCAGUCACCGCAGCAGGAGGGUUUACUGCCGAUGAGCGCCCUCUGUCUGUCACACUCCCACAGUGCAGCCGACAUGGAGGGGCUCGUCCCGGCAUCCACCACAUCCUCCAGCACGUCCUCGACAUCAACGACCACCUCCUCCACUUUUAACUCCACUGCCACCACCUCGUCCUCCGCCACCAUCUCUAACUCAUCCUCCACCGUCAGCGCUGGGAGGGAUUCAGGUCUGUAUGGAUCUGAAGGUUCAGCUCUGAACAUUCAGACGACACAAAGUGCCACCUCUCCCACAGUGUGUGGAGUUGGCAGCACUCCAGGGGGCGCCGUGGGUUCGCCAGGACCAAAACGCACCGUCUCUGGAACCGGGAACACCCUAAAGCGCUGGUUAACCAGUCCUGUCAGGAGGCUGAGUCAAGGAAAAGCUGAUGGACAGAAGAAGCCACCAAUCAGAACGAGGAGGCGGGACAACAGGCCUGAGAUCACGCCACUCACUGGCAAUGCACAGACGAAGGCGAGGAAGGAGGAUGCCAGCCAAAGUGGAGGAGAGGAGGAGCCAGAGGAAGAAAGCCACACCCCUCUACCACCACCCAUGCAGAUCAUCAAAGAUCCAAACAACCCCGAGGCUCUGGAUUCAGAUCAGGGCUCCAACGAGUCAGACACAGAGCAGAGAAAUAAAGCUCUCAGAGGACGAAUGUUCGUGGUUAACGAGAUGGUCCAAUCAGAGAAGGACUACGUGAAGGACCUGGGUGUGAUCGUGGAGGGCUUCAUGUCGAGGUUAGAGGUCCGAGGGAUCCCUGAGGACAUGAGAGGAAAAGACAAGAUCGUCUUUGGAAACAUCCAGCAGAUCUACGACUGGCACAGAGAUUUCUUCCUGGUGGAGUUGGAGCGUUGUGUUCAGAAUCACGACCUGCUGGCUGACCUCUUCAUCAGACAUGAGCGCCGUCUGCACAUGUACAUUGUUUACUGUCAGAACAAGCCGAGGUCAGAGUUCAUCGUCAUCGAGUAUGAGACCUUCUUUGAGGAGAUCCAGCACGAGAUCAGCUGCAGGAUGUCGAUCAGUGAUUAUCUGAUCAAACCCAUCCAGAGAAUCACAAAGUACCAGCUGCUGCUCAAGGAUUUCCUGAAGUACACGUCUAAAGCAGGACUGGACUGUGAGGAGAUCGAGAAAGCUGUUGAGCUGAUGUCGUUGGUGCCAAAGCGUUGCAAUGACAUGAUGAACCUGGGACGCCUGCAGGGAUACGAGGGGAAGUUGACGUCUCAGGGGAAGCUUCUGCAGCAGGAGACAUUCUGUGUUUGGGAGCAGGACGGAGGAGUUUUAUCUCGCAGUAAAGAGAGGAGAGUUUUCCUCUUCGAGCAGAUCGUCAUUUUCAGCGAACUGAUGCGCAAAGGCUCCAACAACCCGGGAUACCAGUUCAAGAACAGCAUCAAGGUGAGUUACCUGGCCAUGCAGGAAAGUGUGGACGGGGACCCCUGUAAGUUUGUGUUAUGGUCUCGGGGCUCAGCGGAGCGAUUUACGCUGCAGGCGUCCUCCACCAGCAUCAAGAUGACCUGGACAGAGACCAUCGCCACGCUGCUGGAUGCCCAGAACAACUUCCUGUCUGCUCUUCAGUCUCCCAUUGAAUACCAGAGGAAAGAGGGCGGGAUUACAGUGACCAGACCACUAUCGUCAGGGCGACCUCCCUCAGCUCCACCAACGCCAAAUGGCCACGCCACUCAGCCUCAACCAGACAGCGAGCAGGACGACCAGGAACUCGUCCUCGUCAUGCAGGACUUCGUGGCGGUGCGGGAGGAUGAGAUCUCUGUGUUUCGAGGGGAGAAGGUUCAGAUUCUGGCGUCCAACCAGCAGGGUCAGAGUCUGGUGUACCGGCCGGCGAACAGCGACUCUCCGGCCGCUGAGGGCUGGGUGCCACGGAGCGUGCUCAACACACACUGACACACAAACACAACUAACUACACACAAUGACAGCAGGGUCAGAGUCUGGUUUACGACUGCUACACACCCACGUAAAUAUGGCGAGACAACGGGGCCAAAGGCAUGCUGGGAAACGAAGGAAGUGAAGCUUGUCCAGAUAUAGAAUACCCAAAAGCUACGAGACCUUAGAGGUUCUGGUUAGAUGUGAAUUGUUGGGGCAUUUUCACACCUAACGAUCAUUUGAACUUGCAGAGAUGUUUACACAUGGACCCAAACGUGAGAUGCACAAGGAAAAUGCUCUCUGAUUGGUCUGAAUUUCUUGCAGAAGAUGUAAGCAAAUGCUAUGUUUGGUUUUCGUCUGAAGUCAGAUGCAAGAGUAUGCAAAGUACCGAAGCUUGUCCGAGUUAUUCAGCCGGAAUUACGAGUUCAAGGAGAAUUUUGUAUUGACGUAUCUGACUGGCAUCUUGGAAUUUCCGAGUUCUGAGAUGAACUGGAAUGCACCAAAAGAGCAGCUGGGUUGGGUCAUUCCUGACUGUGGCUUCUAGCAUUGUUGGUAUAUUUUUUUGACAGAACGAGGGAGAAAAUCUGUUAAAAAGUGGCACUGCAAGCCUGCUCCACCUUACAAGUACAAAAUGAGGAGGUCUAGAGAGGGAAAAAAGCACAAUAAGGCACAGGUGGAGAAAAAAGAGGCAAAAAUUUCAGCUGAUCAUCAGUUCUAUUGUAACCCAGUUUACCGAUAAGUUGUGUGAAUGACACUGCAGACCGUAGUCUAUGUUAACAGACUAAAGAUCUCCAAACACUCUGAAUGUUCCAGUGUUCAUUUUUUUCCUUUCCAUGAGGAAGACAAGACUAAAGCUAAAAACACAUCUUUUAGGAUAAGUUGGCUUACUUUUCCACAAGUAGGGAGGAGAGAGGGAAGGGGAGCAAUCGCACUGCAGCGGAAUGUGAAAGCAGCCAUCAUUGACUGAAGCUAAAGAAUUUAAAAUCUUAAGACUAAAACUGUAACUGAAUUAAAUAUAGUUGCCAAGAUAACACUGGUACAUUCAGUGUGCAGUGAUGUGUGCGCGUCUGCUCCUCAUCCUCACUGUUCUAUCAUAGUCAAUAAACAGGACGACUAAUCCGAACUGAUUACUUAGUAAAAAAUAUUAGUUUGAGUCAGCUAGGGGUAAGUUAAUGGGACGUGUCGGGCUUAGAGCAGACUAUGCUGCCUAAACCUAACCUUAGCCCGCCCCUGUUCAUUUUAACCAAACUAGUUAGGUGUGAAAAUGCCCUUACAAGUUUGAGCAAUCUUGGGGUCUUCUGUAGACUGUAGACAUUUCAGCUGAAGAGAAGCAGAAAAAACUACAGGUCAAAUCUAGAGCUUGACAGUUCUACCGGGCUCUGAGCGGUCUCCUUGUGGCCCCGUUUACUCAGCAGUAUUUAAACACCUCCACACCUACAGACACUCAGCAGCAGGUACUGUUAGUCUCCUCCCUCCAGGUGCUUCAACACUCAGCCAAAACACACCUCCGGCCUCACCUCGUCCAAUCAAACGGCGCCACGAGGCCGGCCUCCAGUUUACUGCCCUGAGCAACCAAUCACACUCUGACAACAUCACAAACUGUUUCCUGUGAGUCAAUGGGAGGGAGAUCACAUGACCACAUCGCCAUCAUCAUCACCGUCAUUAUCGGGCUGAAACUCCAGGACGCAACAAGAGACACGAAAAAAAAACUCCUGGAAAAGAAGAGGUGCACGGGCCCGUCAGCCAAUCAGAACUGUGCGUGUCAUCCUGUGAAUAGUGUGUAUAAAGAGACUGCUACACUCCCACGUUAAUGCUAUGAUGAAGAUGAUGAAGAUAACUAUGAUGAAUAUGAUAAUUAAGAGUACUAGAGUCUGUUUUUCACCUCAAUAGAAAAAAAGAGAGGAACUGUUUGUCAUGUUAACGUUUGUGUGUGUGCGUCCGAGAGAGAGCCUGCGUGUGCGUGAGCGUGCGUUUGUGAUGGCGUUUUAUGUGCGUGCGUUUUUUCCACGGACAGUUAGGUGGUGUCCCGGUGUAGCGUUGCCAUGAUGACUCGUGUUUGCGGUGACACCUGAAUUUUUUGUCUUUUUAGCGAACCAGAGCUGCCGCCGUCCUCUUCCCCCUCCUUCCUUUGCAACCAACGGCGGCCCCCCAUCAUCAUGGCGGCGCCCCCCGCGUGCAGCUCCGGUUAGUUUGGAUAUUCAGAAUAUGCAUUUUCCUGUUUCUGUAUAUAGACCAGACCAACAACUGCUACUCAAAACAACUGCGGACACUGAUGCCGUCUGGCCGCCUGCCGGUCUGUCCGACGGCGACUCCACCUACUGUGACCGUCUGUUUCUACCACACCUGAACUCUACCUGUCUCUCUCUCUCUCUCUCUCUACCUCCCUGUCUCUCUCUCUCUCUUUCUGUCCGUUUCUCUGGUGCCAUUCUCAGACAACACCCCGGUCCUUAAGGAGCUACGCGGCCCGUCAAGUGCACUGCAGACGGGUUCAGGAGGGACGUAUUGCGCUAUGAAGGGUGCAGGGAGACACUUAGCCAAGUUGGAUGCCGCUUUCAUGUCAUGACAAUACGGACGAUCGUUAGGGUCAAAAAUGAGCAAGAGAAAUGAAGGAGGAGUUUUCUUUUCAUCAGGAGUUCAACAGAAUUUGUCAGAAAGGUCAGAAAAUGUCGAAAUGUUCAAAUUUACUUUGGGAGUUAAAGCUAAAACCACUUCGACUUUUCCACAAAAUUAUUUUUAACAACUGCCCCAGCGUCUCAACUCAUUCUUUAUAUUUUCACCAUUUUUCAGCAACAUUUCCACUUUUUCCUCUUAACUUGCUGUUAUCUCAACAUUUUAAACAUUUCAUCAACAUUUUUUCCCAACAUUUCCACUUUUACCUUGACAGCUUUCUGUUUUCUCAUUCUUUUUCCUCAACAUUUCCCCUUUUUAGCUUGGCAACUUGCUUUAUCCUCAUCAUUUCAACUUUUUCCUCCUAACUUUCUGUUUUCACAACAUUUUCAUCAUUUUUCAUCAAAAUUAUUUUCCAACAUUUCCACUUUCUAUUCUACUUUCUAUUCUACUUUCUAUUAACUUGUUUUCUCAUCCUUUUUCCUCAACAUUUUCGUCCACUUUUUUCCCAUGGGAACUUGCUUUUUCCUGCUUAUUGUAAACAUUUUGACUUUUCCCUGCUAACCUCCCUUUUUUUCCAAGAUUUUUCCUCAACAUUAUUCCCUAAUAUUUCUACUUGUCUCUUAACAACCUGCUUUUUCCUUGUCAUUUUCAUUAUUUUUCCUUUUCUUUUUCUCUCUACAUUUCCACUUUUUCCUCACAUCUCAACUUUUUCUUCAACAUUUUGACUUUUUCUUCACAUUUUCAGUUGUUUCUACUGUUUUUUUUUUUUUUUUUGAGAUAUAGACUUUUCCCCAAAACUCUUUGACUUUCCGACCUCUCGACAUUUUCCUUAAUAUUUUCCCUUUUUGUUCUUUAAUUAUAUUUCCACUUAUUUCUUGACUUUUCCAUUCUUUCAAUAAUAAUCAUUUUACAUUUUGGCUUUUUCACAUAAAACUUCAACCCUUUUUUCAUCAUUUAGAUGUUUUCAGUGACUUCAUAAAUGAGAGUAUUUCUAACUCACUUUUUCUUCCUCAUAUCUGACUGUAACACUCGUCCGUAUGCAGGAGCUUCCUGAACUUCAAAUACUGUAAAAUCCUCUAACAAGGCACUGGGUUUGUACUAAAAAGUCUGCAGAGCCAAAGGAGCAUUUUUCUGUUUAAAGAUAUUUAAAUCUGGUUUAAAAGUGGAGUUAAAAAAAAAAAACUCCUUAAAGACAUCUCUGUUUAUACCAUAUUUAGCUGAAAAAUCUACAUCAGAAAAAAACUAUGUCUCAGAGUUUUUCAUAGUUUGUUCAUUUUUGCAUUAAUGUCAAUAAAAUAAAAAAUUGUGCAGUGUUAGGUUAAACCCAUCAUAUCACAACAUUCUUUUCUCUCACAGAAAAAUCAAAAUAUUUUGAAGGUUCAAAAUCUCUGGAGUUAUUUCAGUUUUAGACAUUAAAUUAAAGAUAAUAAAAUGGUAAAUAGAUGUUAAACCAGUGUUGAGCGUCUAUAAACAGAAAAUUGCUCGCUGGAGUGACCGAACGAGAACUCCUCAGGUUCUAUCUUUACGGUACUUAAAUUCAAACUUUCUCUGUCCAUGCACUGUAAUUCUGAAGAAAUGAAACAACUGCAUGUCCACAUGACAUGAACUCUGCAUUCAUCAGGUGUGUGAAACUUCAAAAAAGGACGCUACCUUGUUCCCUGUGCAGGAAUGGAAAAAUGUAUUGUUGUCAACAUGUCAAUGUUGUGUUUGGGAAUGCUUAAAGAGAGUAGAAACUAAGAAAAGUAAUGUCUAUGGGGUCCAAUAUUUAAAAAAUGUUAUAAAUGUCACAACGUGUGAACUUGAAGUGCACCAGAAUAAGGUUUUCACCAUACUGGAAUAUAAAACUGUGAAAACCAAACAAUGUUGGUACCUGUUUGAUACCACUGCAUCAAAAACAGAAGUCCUAGAUGACCAAGAGUGGCUGGUUUAUUGAUUUUAUUCCCAGAUAUUGCAAGCAAAACCCUGAACCAUGUCUGAAUUGCACAAUUUCAUUGCAGAUGUCUGUGGUAUCAAAAAGGUAUGAACAUUUUGACAACCUCUCACCAUAAGGAUUUAGGAUGGAUGUGGAGCACUACAAAGGAUGCAAGAUGGGGAUAGUGCACUUCUAAGGAUGCAUUAUAAGGAGCUGGUGCACUUUUUAGGGUUUAGGGUGAAGGAUAAUACACUAUGAAGGGUAUAGGAUGCAACAAAGAACACUAAAGAAGAUUCCAGAGUAAAAAAGAAUGCUUUUAAGAGUAUAAAGUCAAACAUAGUGCACUACUAAAAGUCUAAGAGCAAAGGUAGUGCCCUAAGCAGGGCGUCAGGUGUAAAAUAGCACACUAUGGAGGGCCUAAUGUUGGAGGUAGUGCACUAAGAAGGAUGUAGCUCAGAAAGCAAUGCACUAUAAAGAUUAAAGGUGGAGUGUAGUGCACUAUGGCGUGUUAAGGGUGGAAAUAGUGCACUACAAAAGGCAUAGGGUGCUGUUUGAGAUCUAGCCUUGUUGCCGUUUUGGCAAACCCAACUAACCAAUCGAACAGUGUUAUUUGUACAGAACUAACAGCUGCUAACUGACUGCUAACAGCUCUCUGUCGUUGUUUGUAAUAAACUUCAU